AUGCCGCGUUUCUUCGGCCUUCGCGGCUCAAAGCUGCACUUGGCCAUCUGGAUGGAGGCUUGCUUCGCCGUCGUCAUCUUCGGCUACAAUCAGGCCAGUGCUGGUGGCGUGCUUGGCGAUCCGACCUUUAACCUCCAAUUUCCCCAGUUGAAUACCAUUUCUACCUCUGGAUCUCUUCAGAAGUACAAUGCCAGAAUUCAAGGAACCGUUGUCGCCUUGUAUACUUUGUUUGGUGUAUUUGGCGCUCUGGGAUGCACUUUCCUGGGAGAUAGGCUAGGUCGUCGAAGAACCAUAUUCUUCGCUAGUGUUGUACAGGGUAUUGGAGCUAUACUUCAAGCCUCGUCCUUCGCCUUUGGCCAGUUAAUCGCGGGAAGGAUUGUGCUCGGUCUGGGCACGGGUGGUAUCAUUGCGACAGUCUCGGUCUGGCAGUCAGAGGUGUCCAAAGCUGAAAACCGUGGUGAGCACGUUUCUGCUUUUGGAAUCUUUUGCGGCUCGGGUCUUGCUCUAGCCUUAUGGGUUGCAUUUGGAAUGUCCUACACACAGCCCAGUUCUGUCUCGUGGCGAUUCACCCUGAUAUUCACUCUGGUCCUAUCGAUCAUGGUGUGCUCGUUUAUCUUCUUCUUGCCUGAGAGCCCUCGAUGGCUCUGCAAGGUCAAUCGCUGGGAAGAGGCCAGAGAAAUCUUGGGGCUGCUCUACGAUAUCGAGCCCCACAGCGAGACGGUCAACAAAGAGAUUGAGAGCAUCCAGAUCUCUCUUGAACGUGCCCGGAAGACCGAUUUAGGCGCUAUGUUCAAGAUGGGCCCCCAAAGGACCUUCCACCGUGUGGUCCUCGCCGCUGUCGCUCAAAUUUUCUUGCAAAUGACCGGUGUCAAUUCAAUUGCAUACUACGCGCCAAGUAUCUACCAGGAGCAGCUUCACUUCAGCCAUACAACUUCUGCGAUUUUAGCUGCAGCGUCACAGCUAGUCAUGGUGCUCGGAGCUUUCUGCUGCUCAUACACCGUAGAUCGCUUUGGUCGUCGAAAGCUCAUGAUCCUUAGCGCUUCAGCCAUGUCGAUCUGUUUUGCGUGCCUCGCAGGCCUGACAUCACAAGCGAAUAAUCCGGCUGCAUUGAAAGCGGCUGUGUUUUUCCUAUAUCUCUACUUCUUUGUUUAUGUUCUCGGCUUUUUGGGCCUGCCGUUCCUCUAUGCCUCAGAAAUCGCCCCGACGCAUCUUCGGGCAGCCACGUGUGGUCUCUCCACUGCAGUCUCCUGGCUUUUCAACUUUCUGGUCGCUGAGGUCACGCCUGUGGCAUUUACCGACAUUGGCUGGAAAUACUUCAUUGUCUACUGCUGCCUCAACGCUGCAUUUGUGCCCACGAUCUAUUUUUUCUUCCCAGAGACGGCCGGUCGGUCGCUUGAAGAGAUUGAUACAGUCUUCGAGGCCACAACUUCAAUCUUCGAUGCCGUGUCUGUAGCCAACAAGCUGCCUAGGCGUGACUACGGUGCGUUCCUUCGGGAGGAGAAGGGUGAAACCCAUAGCGAACAGAAGAGUGCAGAGGUUGCUCAUGUCGAGGCCUGA